AACAAUUGUUGCACGUAGUGUUGUUUCUCCAUGUGAAGUGUGGACAAUGCGAGGUACCAGCUCGGCCUGGACAUCAUUCACACCGUAUUCCCUCGAGUGCCCGCCAGCACCCACGUACGAGUUGCAAGCAAUCGUCAAGGCCACCCAGAAAGCGAAUGACGCUAUUGGGCUGGCGCAGGACAUGGGCGCCGAGAAAGCAGCGCGACUUGCAAAGCGAGCUGUGGAUCAUAUCGGACAAGUGAAAGGCUGGUUCACGUACUACGUUUACCGUGUGUACACCGAUUUGCAAGAUGACAUUCACCAAGCUCGUUUCGACAUGGAGCAGGCUGCUCAAAGUGCGUACAGUGAAGCCACUGGCUCGGAAGCAGGAAACCUCCUGUCAUGUGCGGCCGACGACUUGCUGCCGUAUGACCCUUUGCCCAACAUCCAUCCGAUGGACCAUCGCCUCAGCUCCAUUCCGUUGGCAUUGUGCACAGGUUUGCCGCUCGAAAGACGCAGGCGCGGGAUUGAAGGUGGAUCGAUGGAUUUGUUGCCGGCUUGGCUUAGCCUAAUCAAGAUGAUGUGCCUUUUCAAGCCCAACACCUACGAUCCCAAGGACUGGCAAUGCCCAAAACCCAGCUGCCGCACAGUCAACUUCAAGAAGAGGCUCACUUGCAUCUCGUGCGGCGCGCGAAAACCAGAAGGGUCAAACAGGCCGCUGGAUGAUUGGCGUGACGGCGAGAAGGUUAGCGCAGGGCCUUGGACCUGUGAGUGCAGCUGCAAGAACGAAGGUGGCGCAAUGUAUUGCAUGCAGUGCAAGCAGCCUUCUCCCGACAUGAGACGUGCCAUCGAGGAGGAGAAACAACAGAGAGCUGCCGACGAAGGCCGGGGCGGAGGGUUGUUUGAUCGCCAGGACCCAAAUGAUCGCAACGCUUGGGACAGCGACGAUGAAGAGGUGGAUGAGUUUGGAAGACGCAAGAAAGCCGGCCCCGCCAUGUCGGAUUUUACUUGAUGAUCGUUUUAUCAGAGGUGAAGCGAAGUCGCGGAGGUGACAAGCCCUUGCCUUGGAGGCCCUUGGCAAGUCCCACUGAACCUGCUACGUCCCAAAGGCCCAAAGCGUGCAGAGACAAACACAAGGCCGCCCUGGAGCGGUUGAGGCCUGAGCCCGAGUUUGUUAUUCGCAGCUCCUUGUGUUGGGUGUUAAAUUGACGCCUCAGUGGCCAAACUACGGAGUAUAACGGCGUUGAGGGGCGCAGGAAGUGCCUGCUAACAAAGACAGCGGGGCCAAGAAAUGACCCUGCUCUCCUUGGCAUCAACCAUGAACGGUUGAGAUCUUGUUUUUCCUUGAGCCAAGUUGUUAGUCCGGGUGAACCUGCGCAGCCUGCGCACACCAACCCAACCCUCAAAGACUCUGACUUGGCGCGGCCCGUCC